AAAUAAAGUGGAGACACGCCCACUUCCGGCUAAAUUACGCUCGCCGAAAACGGUGAGUUAACAUUUAAAAAAAAAGCAACCGAUGCAUCUUUCACUUUGUUACUUGCCGCGUCUGAACAAUGUUCGAUUAUUUCUACUGAUCCGGUAUUGAUACAAAUAAACAUCAUGGAAUUUAAUAAUUUCAAUAUACCAAAAAUUGUUGCUUCAGUUGGACAAAGAGCGCCGCCUGAACGAAGUUGCCAAUCAACAGCAAAUUAUUCUUCGAAUGGCCAGAGAGAGGGUCCUCGAUCUAACCAUUCCCAUGCAGCACUUAUCCUAAAUGAACCUUGUGUUGACAAAGUUAUGUCAAUUCCUUCAGCUAAAGUUGGGCAAGUGAUAGGUAGUGGUGGAGCUAAAGUUCGUGAUUUACAACAUAGUUUUAAUGUCAGAAUAAAAAUAGGUAAAUCUGCUGUAGAUACCACAGAUAUUAUACUCUUUGGAACUGAUUCUGCAAUAACAAAAGUGGAAGAAAUGAUUAAGGAACUUAUUGAUGAAAAAUGGUCCUCUACAAAACCAGAAGUAAGCUCAUCAUCAGGUACUUCUGCUCAGGCUGGUUCAUGUCCAAAUAAAUAUGUGCAUGGCAAAGGAAAGGAAACUAUUCCAAAGGUAUUAACCCAAUGCAACCAGGCACAAAACACAAAUACGGUUAAUUUACCAAAUAUUGUUAAAAACUUUUAUAAAGAAGAUCCAGUAAUUUCUUUAAUGCCUCGAGAUAUGAUCACUUAUUGGCGCAAUAUCUAUGACAUUGAUGUGAAACUAAGAGGAAAACAUGAUAAAGUUAAGGAGAUACCCAAUUUAUUAUUUACAUUUGAGCAAGCAUUUAAAGAUUAUCCAGAAAUACUUGAAAAAUUAUAUAAGCAAGGAUUAACAAAACCUUUUCCAAUACAGAGCCAAGUUUGGCCUAUUUUACUAAAGGGAGAAGAUAUGAUUGCUACUGCACAAACAAAUGUGGGCAAAACUUUAGCCUUCUUGUUACCUGCUUUAGUUCACGUUUUAGGGCAGCCUACACCUAGAAUAGAGCGAGCAGGGCCGUCCGCACUUUUUGUAGCCCCUACCAAACAAUUAGCUAUACAAAUUCAAAAAGAGUUAAAGAAAUAUGUCUACAAUGGCAUUACAAGUAUGUGUUAUAUACAUGUGGCAGAUUUGUAUGAAGACUUUUAUUUUAUUUUAAAGGGAGUGGAUAUCAUUAUUACAACUCCUAGAAGAUUGGCCGAUUUGAUCAUAGUAAAACAAAUAAAUGUUCGCUGCAUCUCUUAUAUUGUACUGGAUGAGGUUGAUCAAAUGUUAGAUAUGGGUUUUGGGCCUCAGAUUAACUUAUCUUUGAUAGAACUGGGAUCUGAACAUCAAUUUGUUAUGACAUCUGCCACCUUGUCUCCAGCUGUACGUCAUCUAGCUGAUACUUACAUGAACAAUCCUAUUUAUGUAAAUGUUGGUUCCAUCCAUACCAUUAAAGCAGGGUAUACCAUCACUCAAAAAGUGAAAGUUGUAGACGAAAAUGAUAAAUUUACUUUACUCAAUCAAUUUAUGUAUAAUUUGGAUUCUAAUAAAAAAGUAUUAAUUAUCUGUGCAACUAAAACUAUAGCCUACAAUGUUGCUGAAGACUUAUUUGAUAAUGGAUUUGAGUGCGAUUCAUUUGUUGAUCAAAGUGAAAUUGAAGAAGGAUUUGAUGAUACAAGCAAUAUAUUAAUAGCCACAAAUGUUGCGGACAUUGUCCUGAAAGAUAUAACCCAUUUUGUUAACUUUGACUUUCCUGAGAAAAUUGAGGAUUAUGUUAAGAGAAUUAUCCAAAUUGAAAGUGCUGGGGGGAAAGGCGUUGUUAUAUCUAUAAUGACACAAAAUGAUUCAGCAAAUGCCAGUGCUUUGAUCGAUAUUUUGAACAAAGGAAAACAAGAGGUUCCUAGUGAACUCCAAAACAUGGUUGAGGUCUAUAACAAGUCUAAAAAAGAAAUUAAACGAGGUCGGCAUGGUCAAAAAGGAAGAAAACAGUAAUGGUAGAAUCCAGAAAAGUGUAUUUUUAUUUUCUAGCUGUGUAGAAUACCUUAUAAUUUUAAUUUGUUUUACAGUAUUAGAGUUUAUCAAGUUACUGCUCAUUUUGAAAGUUUAUAUGCGUAGUUGUUUACAGAUUUGUUAUAUUAAGGAGGCUGCUCAGGCUGGAGGAGUUUGAAAUUAUAUUUAAUUAUAAGAGUCAUGCUAUGGCCAAUAUGAUCUCACACAUUCCUUGUUAAUUCUAAGAAAUAUAGUUUAAGGUCUAAGUGUUAUUUUAAAGUUUGUUUUUUUACUUUAGAAAAUAAGAGGUAACAUGCAAUCUUAUUCUCUCUUAUCUAUUUUUGUAUAAAGAUUAUAUAGGCUGCAACUUUUGAAAUCAUGUAUCUAAUUUUAAGUGGAUAUAUGGCAGAUAUAUAAUAAAGUCAUUUAAAUUUUCAAAAAA